CACCAUUUCCGGGUCUCUCUUUUCCUUUUUGUCAAACAAGGGUGCGUCGCUGACCCUCCGUAACUUGCUCUGUUGCAUUUGCUCUGUCCUCUCUUCUCAGACUCCUAAAAGGCAGUGGGAGAAUGCCACCUGGCUGGUGACAGAGUUUGUGCUGGUGGGUUUCUCCGACCUCCCCCACCUGAGGACCACCCUCUUCGCGCUGUUCUUCCUCAUGUACCUGGUCACCCUCAGCGGCAAUGUCGCCAUCAUCACCAUUAUCCACGUGGAUCGGACCCUUCACACCCCCAUGUACCGCUUCCUGGCGGUGCUGUCCCUCUCGGAGACCUGCUACACGCUGGUCACCAUCCCGAACAUGCUGGCUCGCCUGCUCACGGAGAGCCAGGCCAUCUCCGCGGCUGGCUGUCGGGCGCAGAUGUUCUUCUUCCUGGGGCUGGGCUGCAGCCACUGCUUCCUCCUGACCCUGAUGGGCUAUGACCGCUACGCAGCCAUCUGCCAGCCGCUGCGGUACCCGCUGCUCAUGCGACCCAGCGUCUGCCUCUGCCUGGGAGCCCUGGUUUUCUGCUCGGGCUUCUCGGUGGCCCUGACGGAGACCGGCAUGAUCUUCUCGUCGCCCUUCUGCGGCAGCGACCGAGUGGAGCACUUUUUCUGCGACAUCGCCCCCGUCUUGAAGCUCAGCUGCGCCGAGAGCGCGGGCAGAGCGCUGGCCAUCUUCUUCCUCAGCGUGCUGGUGGUGCUGGUCUCCUUCCUCCUCCUCCUCCUCUCCUACGCCCUCAUCCUGGCUGCCAUCCUGAGGAUCCCCUCGGCCGCGGGCCGGCGCAAGGCCUUCUCCACCUGCGCGGCCCACCUCACCGUGGUGGUGGUGCAUUUUGGCUGCGCCUCCAUCAUCUACCUGCGCCCCGCGUCCGGGGGGGACCCUGCCCGCGACCGCCUGGUGGCCGUCUUCUACACGGUGGUGACGCCGCUGCUGAACCCCGUGGUGUACACGCUGCGCAACAAGGAGGUGCGGGUGGCGCUGAGGAGGACCCUGGCGCGCGGCCGCGGGGCUUUCCGGUGAACACUGGCUCCGCAGGCCGGCUCUGGCCCUUUCGAGGUCGUGUGCCCGGCCUGACGUUCAAUUUCUCCGCCUGGAAACCGGGGGGCAGCUCCCAGAACCUUAGGUGAAAUGGUCUGCUCUAGCCGGUUUGGCGCAGUGGAUGGAGCUUCGGCCUGCGGACUGAGGGGUCCCGGGUUCGGUUCCGGUCAAGGGCACAGGCCUGGGUUGCGGGCUCGAUCCCCAGUAGGGGGCGUGCGGGAGGCAGCCAAUCAGAGAUUCUCUUUCAUCAUUGAUGUUUCUAUC